CCCGUCUGGUUUCGUGAUCCUUUUUUUUUUUUCCCCUUUCUUAGGCACUGCUUUGCUCUUCUGGAGAUAGCAAGAAGGACUCUGAUCAAUGCCCUCAGAACAUGUCUCAUUGGACAAGUCUGUGGUAUGUCUGGUUAAUCUUGCUGACUGUGUUCAUGCUCCUACUCUGUGGGAUCACAGCAAGCUGCAAGAAGUUCUGCUGCCGGAAGAAGAGGCCUCCAGUUCAGCCCUUCCCUCGGCACCCCUAUGAUCUGACUGUUGUUGCUAUUGACAGCGACAGCACUGCUCACAGCACAGUGACCUCAUAUAGCUCAUUUCAGUACCCUCCGAGCGCCCCUAUCCCUUCAAUAUUUGUGGGUAUGGAUAGGAGCACUGUAUCCCCUCCAGCUUACAGUCCCUACGCAAUGGAUUUGCCGCCUUCUUAUGAUGAAGCUGUCCAGAUGGGUAAACAACACAUUGAAGUAGCACUGGUCAGCCAGAAACUCAGUGACAUCCCUGGACAGGUGAUGCCAGGGGGGCAGAAUCCCAGCCAGAAUUCACCUGACGUAAUCAACAGAGAUCUAGCAACACAGCCAAAUUCAGAAGAUGCAACACAAGAACAGCCUCAGCUCUAGCUCAUUUUGGAUGGGGAGUAAAGAAAUGGAAGGACUACGAAAGUUAAAGAGGACAUGAAGAAUUUGGUCUUGUAAGACAAACUUAUGAUGGAAAGAUGAUUAUCCUAACAGAUCGUGAUAAAGGGCAGCAGUUUAAAAGUGCCUAUAAAGGUGGGACAUGGAUGCUUCUUCAUCGCCUGUUUAAGAAAAAUAACUCCCCGUGCCCAGCAGAAGACCACAGGGAUAUUGCCAUCUUGGAAACAGUCAGAUGGUACAAAAAGCAAGUUGCUGCUCCUGAACAGAGCUUUCCCAAACUGGAGUUGAAAGUAGAAUCCUAUAAACUCACACUAGAGAGUCAGUGAUACUCUGUCUCUCUAUAGUUUCUUUUAUUUUAAGAACUUUAACUGCUCAGCAAACUGCUGGGGUGCUAAAUUUGUCACUACAUAAUGACAUGUGUUCCUUAAACUGAAGAAUGACUGCAAACAAGGACAGGAAAGUGUUUGGAGGAAAAUGCAUUACCUUAUGUUUCACAGCUACAGACAAGGAAUGAAACAGAUAAGAGAGAGAUUAUUUUUGUUGGUCAUAAGACUUGAAGGGAUUGGUUUUGAGUAGUUCUUUUUUCUUUAAAUCUAUUUUCAAGAUGAGCUGGCUUGCGUGUGGGAUCCUUUUGCUACUUUUUUGUGCCACUUGAAGUACAAAUUAGUUUCAAAGAGAUUUCCAUACUUGGUUGAGUAUUAGUAAUGUGUUUCAAUAUUCAUGUUCUUUGCUGAUUGAGCACAGUGGGUUUGAAAUACAGUGAAUGAAUUGGAAAAUAUCAAUUGUUUUAGAUGCAGAAAAUACACAAUAAUUGGCUAUUUCAGAAGAACAUGACACUACCAUCAUGAGAACCCAUGUGACAUCUCACCUGGAGGGGUUAUCAGUGUGAACUUGACAAGCACUUAACUACAUAGUAGUUUUUCCUUAUUUUUAAAGACUGAAGUAAAUAAGAAGAUAACACACAUGGCAUCAGUUUAAGGUUUAUGGAAAAACUGUGUUAUCUAAUCAGUUGUAACUGACCACAAAGAGCUAAUUACAUUGCCUGCCAGUGUCAGCAUCAAGUUCAUAAUCAUUUUCUGCAGUGUGAUUUCUCCCAAGUACAUUUCUUCCCAUCUUGGUAACAUUUGCUUGCACUAAACAGGAAAAUUCUGGGGAAUUUCAAAGCAGUCUUGCAAACAUGAAAUACCCCUUGUCAACCUUUCAUGUGUAAAAAUCAAGAUUUAACACAAUGGCCUACACAGGCAAUUCUUUAUGCCACCAAAUCACAUUUGUAUCUGUAUUUCUGAUUGUAUCAUAGAAGAGGGCUAAUUUCUCUUCUGAGUCAUUAUGCGCACACUAACAAACAUGUUUUGAAAGCUUAAUGUAAGAAAUGUAGCAUGGUGUCUAAUGUGCUAUAUUAUGUUAAUUAUAGCUAUGAGGAAAUCCAGGACAAACUAAAAACUCAGCAGACAUGAAAUUAGAGAGAGACUAGGAGGAAAAUGUCAAAACCAAAAAUCUUGUAUGUAAAACAAUAAAUGUAAUUAAUUUUUAACAGAAAUUGCAUUUCUAUCUCACAAAGAACUUUAGCAAAUUUUGCCUAGCUUGCACUUAGCCAACAUGUUUUCUCUGUAUUUCUUGUGUUCUGAACUGUCUGUCAAGGUGGUAAAUAUAUGUGUGGAUUACUCAAACUUUCCAUUUUUUGUUUCGUAGCACAGCAAUCAGUGGGCUAAAACACUGAACUCUCUAGUACUGCUAGAGAGACAAGGCAGAGCGCUCUUGUUGUGAGUAGGCAGGAAUAUAAAAUGAGGUACAUGAAAAAACAGUGACUGACACAAGAGGGCAGUCCUUCACUUUUCAGUGAAUCGCCUUGUGUGAUCACUGGGAUCUGCUCAGUGGUACUGCCAAGAGGCAAGGUUCUGAGCCUGGGCUCUGACCAGCUCUGCAGAGGGAGGUUACUUUGCAAUGCAAGGACUGAGUUUGCUAGAGGAAAAAAAGGGGAAUAAAAUCACAAGGGUGCAUGUUUUGCUUUUACAAUGCUGCUGUCAUGUGAGUUCUCAGAAGUUCCUGACAGACUACCUACCAUGCUGCAAGGAGACCCAUUCCCUUUGCUCAUAUUUGCUGCUAGCCACAGUAUCAAAACACUAGAUGCCCAUGGAGGGUAUUGUAAGGCUCUUGCCUUACAACGUGGUUCAUUAAUUCAAAAUAAACUAUUUCCUUGAACUAAUCCACACACAGAACAUAGGAUUUUCUUUAAACAUUUACUAUUUAAGGAUUAAAAGCAGCUCAGUCUGCUCCUCACGUUUUCAAUAGUGAUGUCUGAGCCCUCGAUCUGACUUCUCACCACUGAUAACCAAAGCUCACCCCGACCCUGUCUGUGAGGAGGCAGAUUACUGCCCCCCGACAACUGUGCAUUAUUUGCAUCCCCACUUAACCCAUUUCAUUUGCUCAAUAGAAUUGCAUGAAAUAUAUCUCUCCAGAUAUAAAGAUCAUAAAUAAAGGCAAGAUAGAGAAAGAUGAUUUCUUGUUAAUGGCUAUAAAAAUAGGUUUGAGAAGAUUCUAUUCAACCUGCAUUUUUGCAAUGCAAAUGUAAAAGGAUGGUAAUAUUUCUUAGCCUUAAUGAGUGGUAAGUUAAAAUGAACUUAACUUUGAUUAAUGUUUUAAAACUCACUAAUUAAAUCUGAGAGUUUAGAACUGAGAUUACUGUUCUGUGUUUCUACCACUGCUUUCCAUAUAAAUUUCCAUUUUAACUUUUUCUUUGUGUUCUUUCUAGCUCUGUUUAUCUCUCUGUGUGAGAUCUGACUUCGUGAUCCUAGAAAACUCUGCUGAUGGUUGAUGCCACUUAGUGAGGUUCAAACAGGAUACUUUCAAAAGCUCCCAACCCAGAUAGGCAUGGUGUUCUUUGUUUCUACCCUAAUGAGCUUGUAAAGGAGAUCCAAAAGAUAGGAUUGUUCUUUGAUUGUUCUUAUGUAUGUUGACAGGGUUCCUGGUUUUGUCACUGAAAGCACUUUUUGCUUCUAUAAUUGCAUUCUGCACGACUUGAAAAAAAUAAAACUCAGCUGCAGAAAAAGAGCCCAGCUUACAUUUGGUUUUAUUACUCUUAACCACGUGUCUAACCACAUGUCCGUUCUCACUUGUUUCCAAACAGCCUUGAUAUGUCUCAAUGUCUGGCUCUCUGAGAGCCACUAAAGAGAAACUAGAAGUGGGUGGAUGGGAAUUAAUUCAAUGACAAUUAAUGUAUAUGUACAUAAUGCUUAUAGCCAGUUCUUAAAGUAUUCUGAAGCUUUAAAACAAGACAUUAUAAGGGAUACUAUUUAUUAGAGCUACAGUGAUGCUGAAGGUUUCAUUCCCUGGCCAAGGGAAUCAGCUUGCAGCUGCCUGUGUGUGUGCUAUUGUGACGUGUUUAGAAGCCUGCAGGGUGACCUCCACAAAGCUACUUCCUUUCUCCUGUCUCUUUUUCUUCACCUUUCUUGUUGAUCUGUUUAAGGCAUCCUUUGGAAUGGGAAAUUCUCCCCACAGUGCCUACCACAGUGGAAAUGUGGUCACAGAGGGUCCCGCAUGCUCAGCUGGAUGGAGGACCUAAGAAUUCUGAUUUGUCAGUCUAGCAUUUACACCAUUACUACAUCUGCUAAACUCUGAUUACAUCCGCACAAGCUUUGUGACAUCUCUAAGGGAAAAGCUCCUCUCAGUAAUUAACUGAAGUGCAUAUCUAUUGUGAAUUGAAUCUGGUGCUCAUCUGGCACUGUUCAACAUGUAAUUCUUCUUCUCCCAUUUGUCCAUAAUAAUUGUUUUGGCAGCUAUUUUCUGUUAUUUGCUGGCUGUGUGCAAGAGCUUAUGAUGGGGAGACGCACUGCUGGAGCAAGGCAGUGCUUACAUCACUGGCAGCAGCUUGCAGUCUUGUCUCUCCUCUCGCACACACAUGCGCUCACCAUGAGCCCUUGUGCUCAGAAAGAAAAUUCAGGCUUGCAAGUAAAUUGCCUCAAUAAUUUAUAGGCUUUAUAGCCCUGAGCAAAUUAUACCUUGGCUCUGUGAUGAAAUUCAGGCUGCAAAUCCUUUUAUAGCCAAGCUCAUUAACAAUAUAAGUAAAGUGGUACAUCUAUAGUGGUUUUUAUGAUCAAUGCAUUAGAAUCUUUGGAGAGUAUUAAGUGGUAAACCAGCAGCAUCCAGAGCAAAGCAUCAAUAGGGUCUGGAUGCAGUACGACUCAGAAAAGCCAUUUCUUUUCCUGCCUUAAGCUUGCCUUUGUCUGUCUCGCUGCCCCCCGAAUACCAUUUAUUCACCGUGCAGCAUGUGCUAUGCUCCCAGUCAAUAAAAUAGAUCUGGCUGUCCUGAGGAUUGGUUUACUGUAUUAAGCAGCGAGUGUGGAGUACGUAGGUCAGGAAUUCCUGCAGGUGCAGUGAUCUCUGUUACACGUUCCUGUAGUGUCUGUGACUUGGCCUGAGGAGAAGGGGAAGGAGAUGGAUGCCAGCCCUUUAUCCUAAGGAUGGAUGCAUCUCUGAGGAACUGUCCCCACACAUCUGUUAUUCCACCUAGCCUGCAGUCUGCCUUCUUCCACCAGAUGGUAUCAGUGAGCCUAACUGACCUAUGUACACAUCAAUUUUUCAGAUGCUUGACCUCACAGAAUUUAAUUAAGAAUAUUUGGAAGAAAAAAUGUCCUUUCCUGUAUUCUCCAUUGGUCAAAUAGAAAGCAAUUAUGGAAUCACAGAAAAACUGAGUUUAGGAGGGACCUCUGGACACCACUAGUCAAACGCUGCUCACAGCAGGGUCAACAUGCUCUGGAGCUUGUCUAAUAUGGUUUUGAAUUACCCAAGGACAGAUUCCACAACCUCUCUGAACAACCUGUUCUAACGUCUGAUCACUCUUACAGUAAAAGUAGCAUACUGAAUGUUUGAGUGAAGUUUCCUCCAUUUCAGUUUCUUGCUGCUGCUUCUUGCCCUGUCAGUGGGUACCUAUUGAGAAGUCCACCUAUUUUUAAGCUUUCCCAUCUGGUAUUUAUACACAUUGGUGAGAUCUCUCCUGAGUCUUCUCUUCCUGAGGCUAAAUAACCCCAGCUUGCUCAUACUCUCAUUUUAUGUCAGAUGCUUCAAUCCUUUAAUCAUCAAAAUAUUUAAUAACAUCUUCUUUCCAACUUGCCUGGAUCCUCAAUCAUUUACGAAUUUCACCUGAAUUUAACUGUGACAUUAAACAUAUUUCUACUGGAUGUAGGCCUAGAAUAAACAGUUGCAUAAAGAAAACCAUGAGAAACAUCAUGUGAGUGAUAUUCCUAAUCAUCCUAUUUACCCCUCACAUCAUGCUGGCAGGCUGUAUGCUUUGCUGAUGCUACCUAUGCAAUGCUUUUUUCAGUGAGAGUUCAGCACAGGCUUGUAAUUAGAGUGGUCAGCUCAGUGUGCUGCUGAUCUGUGUCCUGGUGGUGAGAAAACAGGCAAAACUAAAUCAGAAAAGGAGCAGAGGAGAUGCUUGUACGUGACCUGAUUAAUCAGAAAUAGAUGAGCUGCUUGACAGCAGGAAAAUAAAUACAAUCCACCUAUUGCUUUGCAUGGUGCUUCUGGGUAGAAUAUGCUAUGCAGGUAUUCCCUCCUGUGGGAGAUUACAUUUUAGAAAUACAGGAAAUCACCUGGAUUAAAAAAAGAACAUAAGGAAUAACACUGUUCUAGCCCUGAAAACGAAGACUUCUUUUCUCCAGAUUCUCUCACUGUCAACAAGAAAGCUGUUUCAUCAGAGCAUGCCCUUGUUCCAUAGCUUUCAAGCCAAAUGAUUGG